CUGCGCAGCUGCGGUGAACCCUGGAUCGUGAAGGGUGAGGGGGAGGGGCCGCAGCUCCUGGGAGACAGACGGCGACGGAGGCCUCACUUCGAACCGAGACCAACCCCCCACCAAAGAGCAGCUGGCUGAGUACAGCCCGCCGCCUCGGUCUCCUCCCUCCCCACUCCGGGAGAAAUACGGCGCGGAGAGUGAGGUGGAACCGGGGACUGGAAUAACGACGGGCGGUCGCGACGGCAGCAACGCGGGAGUGAAGGCCUCAAGAUGGCGAGCGCCUCCUACCACAUCUCCAACCUGCUGGAGAAGAUGACUUCCAGCGACAAGGACUUCAGAUUCAUGGCGACUAAUGACUUGAUGACAGAGUUACAAAAAGACUCUAUUAAGUUGGAUGAUGACAGUGAACGGAAAGUGGUUAAGAUGAUCUUGAAGUUACUGGAAGACAAGAAUGGUGAAGUGCAGAAUCUUGCUGUUAAAUGCCUUGGUCCAUUGGUCAGUAAAGUGAAGGAAUAUCAGGUGGAGACAAUUGUGGAUACCUUGUGUACCAAUAUGCUGUCAGACAAGGAACAGCUGAGAGAUAUUUCCAGUAUUGGACUGAAAACAGUCAUUGGAGAACUACCUCCAGCUUCUAGUGGAUCUGCUUUAGCAGCCAAUGUUUGCAAAAAGAUCACAGGCCGCCUCACUAGCGCCAUUGCAAAACAGGAAGAUGUCUCUGUUCAGUUGGAAGCACUAGACAUCAUGGCAGAUAUGCUAAGCAGGCAAGGAGGUCUGCUGGUUAAUUUCCAUCCAUCAAUUUUAAACUGCCUUCUUCCUCAGCUUACCAGCCCCCGACUUGCUGUUCGAAAGAGAACUAUUAUUGCUCUUGGUCACCUUGUUAUGAGUUGUGGAAACUUGGUCUUUGUUGACCUAAUUGAGCAUUUAUUGACUGAGCUUGCCAAAAAUGAAUCCAUGUCUACAACCAGGACUUAUAUUCAGUGUAUUGCUGCUAUUAGCAGACAGGCAGGGCACCGAAUAGGAGAAUACCUGGAAAAAAUUAUUCCAUUAGUUGUUAAGUUCUGCAGCGUGGAAGAUGAUGAACUGAGAGAGUAUUGCAUUCAAGCCUUUGAGUCAUUCGUGAGAAGGUGCCCUAAGGAGGUGUUUCUUCAUGUCACAACCAUUAUUAAUUUGUGCCUGAGGUAUUUAACAUAUGAUCCCAAUUACAAUUAUGAUGAUGAUGAUGAUGAUGCUGCGAUGGAGUCUGAAGGUGGAGAUGAUGAUGAUCAAGGGAGUGAUGAUGAGUACAGUGAUGAUGAUGAUAUGAGCUGGAAGGUACGGCGUGCUGCUGCCAAGUGUUUAGAUGGUGUGGUCAGCACUCGUCAUGAAAUGCUCCCAGAAUUUUAUAAAACAGUAUCUCCUGCGCUGAUUGCCAGAUUCAAGGAACGUGAAGAAAAUGUUAAGGCUGAUGUUUUCCAUGCAUAUCUCUCGCUGCUGAAACAGACCAGGCCUGCUCAGAGCUGGCAUCUUGACCCAGAUGCAAUGGAACAAGAAGAGACCCCUUUAGUUAUGCUCCAGAAUCAAGUUCCCAACAUUGUUAAAGCUUUACACAAGCAAAUGAAAGAGAAAAGUGUGAAGACCCGUCAGUGUUGCUUUCACAUGUUAACUGAGCUGGUGAAUGUGUUGCCUGGUGCUUUAACUCACCACGUACCAGUUCUUGUUCCAGGGAUAAUCUUUUCCUUGAAUGAUAAAUCCAGCUCGUCCAAUCUAAAGAUCGAUGCUCUCUCAUGUUUGUAUGUUAUUCUUUGUAACCACUCGCCUCAAGUCUUCCAUCCUCAUGUAGAAGCUUUAGUUCCACCAGUGGUGGCUUGCGUGGGUGAUCCAUUUUACAAGAUCACGUCAGAAGCACUUCUUGUAACUCAGCAGCUUGUAAAAGUACUUAGACCUGUAGAACACCUGUAUUCAUUUGAUGCUUCUCCAUACAUUAAUGACUUAUUUACAUGUACCGUCAAGCGUUUGAAAGCUGCAGACAUUGAUCAAGAGGUGAAGGAGAGAGCUAUCUCUUGCAUGGGACAGAUCAUUUGUAAUCUUGGGGACCAUUUAGGCAGCGAUUUACCCAGCACACUGCAGAUUUUCUUGGAGAGGCUGAAGAAUGAAAUUACUAGACUUACAACAGUUAAAGCUUUGACAUUAAUUGCUGGAUCUUCUCUCAAGAUUGACCUACGACCAGUGCUGAGUGAGGGAGUACCAAUUUUAGCCUCGUUCUUGAGGAAAAAUCAGCGAGCACUGAAGCUGAGUACCCUUUCUGCUUUGGACAUCUUGAUCAAGAACUAUAGUGACAGCCUGACACCUGCCAUGAUCGAAGCAGUCCUUGUGGAGCUUCCACCUCUAAUUAGUGAAAGUGACAUGCAUGUAUCACAGAUGGCCAUAAGCUUUCUUACAACUUUGGCCAAAGUACACCCAUCUUCCCUUUCAAAAGUCAGUGGCUCAAUUCUUACUGAGCUUAUUGGGCUGGUACGGUCCCCACUACUUCAAGGAGGAGCUCUUUGUGCCAUGUUAUAUUUCUUCCAAGCUCUUGUUGGGACUGGAACUGCAAACCUUGGUUAUAUGGAGUUAUUGCGAAUGCUGACUGGUCCAGUUUAUUCCCAAAACAGUGCAUUGACUCACAAGCAGUCCUAUUACUCAAUCGCAAAGUGUGUCGCAGCACUUACCCGAGCCUGCCCCAGAGAAGGACCAGCUGUGGUUGGGCAGUUCAUCCAGGAUGUGAAGAAUUCUAGAUCCACUGAUUCUAUCCGUCUCUUGGCUUUGCUCUCUCUUGGAGAGGUUGGUCAUCAUAUAGACUUAAGUGGGCAAACUGAGCUUAAAUCUGUAAUCUUAGAAGCUUUCUCUUCCUCUAGUGAGGAGGUCAAAUCUGCAGCAUCCUAUGCCCUUGGAAGCAUUAGUGUUGGAAACCUUCCUGAGUAUCUGCCUUUUGUUCUGCAAGAAAUAACAAGUCAACCAAAAAGACAAUAUCUCCUGUUACAUUCUCUAAAAGAAAUUAUUAGCUCUUCUUCAGUUGGUGGUCUCAAACCAUAUGUAGAAAACAUUUGGAAUUUGCUGCUGAAACAUUGUGAGUGUGCAGAAGAAGGAACUCGAAAUGUUGUUGCAGAAUGCCUGGGCAAACUUACUUUGAUAGAUCCAGAGACAUUACUACCACGGCUUAAAGGAUACUUGGAAUCAGGUUCUUCUUAUGCUCGAAGCUCUGUGGUUACAGCUGUGAAGUUUACAAUUUCUGAUCACCCGCAACCGAUAGACCCUCUGUUAAAGAACUGCAUAGGUGAUUUUCUGAAAACCUUGGAAGAUCCAGAUCUCAAUGUGAGAAGAGUAGCUUUAGUUACCUUCAAUUCAGCUGCACAUAACAAACCAUCGCUAAUCAGGGACCUGUUGGAUACUGUUCUUCCUCAUCUAUAUAAUGAAACAAAAGUUAGGAAGGAAUUAAUAAGAGAGGUGGAAAUGGGACCAUUCAAACAUACUGUAGAUGAUGGCCUAGAUAUUAGGAAAGCAGCUUUUGAAUGCAUGUACACACUUCUGGAUAGCUGUCUUGACAGAUUAGAUAUUUUUGAAUUCCUGAACCAUGUUGAAGAUGGACUAAAGGACCAUUAUGAUAUCAAGAUGUUGACCUUCUUGAUGUUAGUACGGUUAUCGACCCUUUGUCCAAGUGCAGUUCUACAGAGAUUGGACAGACUAGUGGAACCUUUACGUGCUACCUGUACAACUAAGUUUUUUUUAAUCCUCCUAACAACUUGCUUUUUUACCAAUCUUUGCAUCGAGAAGUUUGUCUACAGUAUAGUCAGCCCUUCAUCUGCGUCUUAA